CGAGCAAGUGAAACAGUGGAAUGGAUUUUAGUAUCAUGGGUUUAAUGAAAAAUUGUGUGGAUUUUGGAAAAAAUACUAGCAUUCAUGGUAUUAGGUAUACCGUAUCAUCUAGCGCAAGUAUUUUAGAAAAAAUCUUUUGGAUCACAAUCAUCAUCCUCAGUCUUACAUUUUCCAUAUAUUUGACCACGUUAUUUUGGGGACGAUAUUUGUCCAACCCUACUAGAACCAUAAUUGAGAGCAAUAAUGCCCCAGCGACCACUGGAUUAUGUCAGUGAACAAGAGCUCCUUGUAACAAAAAACGUAAUUUCCAAUAUAUUUACAACAGCAGAAACUAAACCAAAUAUAUCAGAAUUGGCUACAGCUACAGAAGUUUUAGAGAAAAAUGGUUACGAAGAAAUCAAGAAUAUUUUCAAAAGAGUUUCACAAAGCUGCGAUGAAUUAAUAGUGAAGUGUUCAUGGGAUCAAAAGCCUAUAGAAUGCAACAAAAUUUUUGAAGAAACAUUCACAGCACAAGGCAGAUGUUGUUCGUUCAAUUACUUGGGCAAAGAUUCCUUAAAGCAAGCCAAAUAUGCAAUUUAUUAUGGAGCUUCUACUGGUUUAAAAGUUCAAAUUAUGCCUGAUUUUAAUAAACGCAAUAUGGCUGGAGUUAUUGUAAGUUACAAAUGCUAUAGAGACAUGAUUAUUGAACUUAUGCAGAUUUCAGUUCAUAAUCCUGAAGAUUUUCCAGGAGGCGAUGAUAAUAUGAAAAAAGUUCUACCUUUAGGCAGAAUAAAUUAUGUACAGGUAAAAGCAUUACAAAGAAAGUGCAGCAAAGAAGUUAAGAAUCUCAGCAUUGUGCAUCGUAAAUGCCUGUAUUCAGACGAAAGGAAACUCGAAUAUUUUGGUGGAUAUUCAUAUUCAAACUGCUUGUGUUUAUGCGAAGCAUUUACAGCUAUUGAAAAAUGUGGCUGUGUGCCAUAUUAUUAUGAUUUUAUGUAUGAAAUGGACAGUUGUAACUUAGGUGAUAUUUCUUGCCUGAAAAAUAUUUCUGAUGAUUUAAUUAGCAAUAAUUGUAAUUGUCCUGCUCAAUGCGAAGAUGAUUAUUACAAUUUUGUACUGGCCUCAAGUAAAUUUGCAAAUAAAUCAAAAUUAUGGAUGCUGAAUAAUACGUUUAAUUACAAUGAAAAUUCAAUUGUAUUAAAUAUAUUUUUUUCUUCUAACUGGCAAACUGUUUGGGUAAGGGAUGUGAUAACUUCGAUAACAUAUUUAAUAUCUUCAUUUGGUGGUGUAUAUUGUCUUUUUCUUGGCUGUAGCAUUAUAAGUCUUGUGGAAAUUUUCUACUACUUCAUUGGCAAGUUUGUUAUACAAAAUCUAAAGCCCAACAAUGAAAUACAAGCAAAAAGAAUCUUUACAAUUCAUGAUUCAUGGAAAUCAAAGGAGCCUGUGGUACCAUUCAUAAAUUAA